UGAAAUAAAAUUUAAAAUAUUUUAUAUUUCAUUUUAUAAUUCAUCGGGAUCAAGAUUAAAAUUUUUUGUAAUUUGAUACAAGAAAAUAAUGGAUCUUAAAAGGCGAUAUUCUAACAACAAUAAUAAAGUGAUAUUUAAACAAAAAGAUUAUAUUGGGGGAAAAAAACAAACUUCUAGAAGUAAAAUUAUAACGCAAUAUCUUACGCAAAAAGAUGUUGCGCCAUGGUUUCGUGGAACAUCACAUUAUCAUAUACAAGGAGCCGACAGGCUCCUCAAUGCUUUGCGAGACGAUGCAGAACAAAGUACAACACAUCGUGUACAAUAUUGUUUAAAUUUAAUCGGACUUGAACCUAUAAUAACAUCAAAACAAAUUAUGUGUUUAAUGCAUCUAAGUCGUGGCAAUGAUUUAGUUUUUCUAUGGUUUCUCAUGGAGAUGCAUUACAAAACCCCCAAACACGAUCCAAACUCAUAUAGUGUUAACGAACAAUUAAUAUGUUCAGCUAUAUGUCAUCUAGACAUGAUAACAACUCUCCGGGAAUUGGAUAAAAUUCUUCCAAGUGGCCAUACAUCAAGAAUCGAAAUGAAAAAAGCUGGUUUAAAACGCGAAGCACUUAAGAAAUCCUUUAAUAAACGAAAAAAAGAAAGAAUUUCGACCAAAUAUGUUUUACCUUAUUUUGAAGAAUAUCCUCGACCUCAACAAUAUGGCAAACGAUUGCUGUUAGAGAUACCAAAUUUCAAAGUUAACUUUAAUAUGUACAGUCGCUACAGUAAUAGCAAUCAUAUAGUCCAAAAUGAAUCAAAUCGUUGGUAUGCGGAAUACCACUUUAAUCCAGGCAAACGUAUUGUUUACUUAAUUAUACAUGAAACCAUUAGAAAUAUAUUCUAUAACUUUAAAGAGGCCUGUGCAAGGUCCAAAACCAUUGAUGUAUUGUGUGAUUACCACAAGUCUACUAAAAUAACACAAACCAAUUUAGAGCAUGAACUUAGAGUUAGAAGAAGAGAUAAGUGUUUAAAAUCAUGCUUUAAAUCCAAUGAGGGUAAAAAUGAACAGAAUAAAAAUAUUAUCGAACUACUGGACCAUGAUGUGCAACUGCAACUGUGCAAAUUCAACACGCAAACCAAGCGACAUGCGUCACAAAAGGAAGCAUCACUGAAAACCAUUACCAGUGAUUGUAAAAUAUUCGAUGUCAUCGUGGCAAACAAUUCCAGUAGUUGUUGUAAUAAUAUGACUAUAAUUGAUGAUAAAAUAAAUUUUAAAGCAGUGGAUAAAAAUAACAAAAUAAAUAAACUGAACAAUAGAAAUGAGAUACGUGAAAUACAUAUGAAAAAUUGCGGAAAUAUUUGCAAAAAUAUAUGCAAUGGUGCAACAAAUCUAAAUCCAAAACGAGGGGGUUGUUUAAGUAAUACAAACAUGAAUGAAGAGGUGAAAAAUCUUGAAUGCGAUAAUGUCAGCGAUACUUCUAUGCCAUCCGAUAUGGUUUUUAAUAGGACCAUGUUACACAAGCCCUUUAAAUUUGAUUAUGAAAAAAUAUUUGUUACAAAAUUCAAAGAUGAUAACAAAACCAGUAUAAAGAAAUGUUUUCUUGCAGCCUUGGACAGAAACACUUCAAAUUUGUCAAACCAAUCGAGUCUUAAAUACGACGAAGCGGUCAAAAAAUGCGCAGAAAAUAUGUUUGAAAAUGAAUUAAGAAAUUAUGAAGACAAUAUGAGGGAAACGAUUGAAGCACAAACGGCAGAAACACUAAAGCCCCUUAACCAAUAUCCCACUUUAGCCAAUUACAACGCAGAAAAUUACUUGUUGAUGGAUCAAAUGUUAUUUGAUGCCUUUCAAUGCUUACGCAAAAAUCCAAAGUUUGUAUGGGCUCAAUUGCCGGAUGCUCAUAAAAUACCAAUGCUACGAGAAUGGAUAGCACGUCGGUUUGGCAAGGAGUAUACACCACGGGAAAGAGCCAAAUCAUAUCGAAUGUCGUGUAAAGUAUUUCGAGCUGUAGUUAAAAACAAUUUAGAACUCUCCGUACCGAAUGCCAAACACAUUGGUACUAACCUUUUUCUCAACUACAAUUGCCGAAAGUAUUUGAACAAAAAGGUGCAACACAUUAAGAAUAAAUACUACCGUCAUUUGGAUUCAUCAUUUUUGGAACAUACGCGCGUUUUUUGGUUUGCUAUGCGCGGAUACAUUUGUUCUAAUGGUCCUCCUCGUAAAACCUUUUUUGCCUACAUGCCAUCAAGACUUCGAGACAUUCAGCAUUUACGUUUGUGGAAAUCGUCAGACUAUCGCAAUUAUAAAGUUGCUAGAAAUGCUCGUCAACACAAUAAUUUCCAGGAUGCUUUUUAAGAUAUUUAUUUUCUUGUUAAAUUAAAUAUGUUUGUAUCUAUGUAUGUUUUUAAUUGAAUGAAACCCUAUUUAUGUUUUGCAUUCAUAUAAUAACAAAUUUUGAAGUAGUUUUUGUAGUAUAUAGAACUUAUGUCUGAAUAUGUUUAUGUAAACAUGUAUGUAUACAUACAUGUAUAUAAUAAUAUAAACUUAUUAUCAUAAAAUGAUAGUCGUCAUAUGUGUGUAUGUAUUGUACAUAUGUAUAUAAAUUAAUUAGAAAAUCUA